AUGAUCCCGAGUCCGGUCACUUCUACGCCGUUCUCAGUCAAAGACAUACUGAAGCUGGAGCAGCAGUCGCAGCAGCACCUGCAUCUCGAGCAGCACCGCGCGCACUUGCACCGGGAGCUGCCGCAACAGCAGCAGCAGCAGCACUACCAGGCGCCCCCCUCUUGCAUGCUUGCUACAGGGGAGAGCCCCAGCUUCUCGGACGGCGAGGAGAACAUGUCCUACCUAAAUUCGAUGCCCGUGCGGGACAGCCACGGCGAGGCUAGCCUCUCCCCGGGAAUAUUCGUCCAUUCGGCUCUGGGACACUUGACGGACCCCAAGUUAGAAGGCGACCUCGACGAGCAGGACACUGAGAGCUGCAGCGUCGUAACCAAGCAUCAGGAAUGUGAGAACGGCCGGCACUCGGAUUCGGAGAGGCCCCAGAAGCAGCGGACCAGACGGAAACCGAGGGUGCUCUUCUCCCAGGCCCAGGUGUUCGAGCUGGAGAGACGCUUCAAACAGCAGCGAUACUUGUCGGCGCCGGAAAGGGAGCACUUGGCGAACACGCUAAAACUCACCUCCACGCAGGUCAAAAUAUGGUUCCAGAACCGGCGGUAUAAAUGCAAACGGCAGCGUCAAGACAAGACCCUGGAAAUGGCAGGACACCAUCACCCGCCUCCGCCAAGACGAGUGGCGGUGCCGGUGUUAGUCCGUGAUGGCAAGCCCUGCUUGGCGGGGUCGCAGAAUUACAAUGCGCCCUACUGUGGGGCAAACCCUUACACCUAUAACGGGUACCCGGCUUAUACCUACAGCAACCCGGCAUAUAACACCAGCUACAGCUGCACCUACUCAAGUAUACCUGCUCUCCCUCCCACUACGACUGCAAACGCUUUUAUGAACAUGAACCUCGGCAACAUCGCCAACCUCAGCAGUUCCGCUCAGCCACAACCCCAUCAAGGAACGGCGGUUUCAUCGUGUCAAGGAACACUGCACGGCAUCCGUGCUUGGUAG